UGCGGGGGCGGGGCGGCCGUUGGCUUACGCCGCACACCAGCACCCCAACCCGCGUAUAUACUUUGCUUCCACGCCUGCCGCUUGAGGUUGCUGCUCACCGGCCGCGACGAGCGGGCGGCUGGACGGGCGAUGCGACCGUGGGAGCGGCGCGGCGCCGGCGCCGGCGCGGAGGGAGGCGAGGAGGCGGGCUCUUCGAGCUCUGACGGGAACACCAGCAGCGCGAAUGCGAGCACGAGCUGGAGCACCGCUGCUAGCGCGAGGCGGAGCGGGGGCGCGGCGGAGGGGCGGGGGAGCACCCCCAGGUCGGCGGCCACCAUCAACCUCAGCCAGGAGUACAGGCUCGCCAUCCACACCGAGUCCUACCAGGAGAUCUGGGAUAAGAUCCACGUAGACGGGGACGGGCGACGGGAGGUUGGAGGCGGCGGCGGCAGCGACGACGACGACGAGGAGGAAGUAGGGCAGGAGGUGUUGGACAGGAUCACCCUGGCCGGCGUGCUCCGCCCGGAGGAAGCGGUGGUGGAGCGCGCGCUGGGGGACGCGCCCGACACGGAGCUCACCCGCCUCGCGGCCGACUACUUCCGCAGCACGCACCACGCGUCGCUGCUCUGCCUCACGCUCCGCCGGGCGCUCCGCCGCGCGCGGGCGCUGUACGGGCCCAUCACCGACCUCCUCGCGCUCAUCCCGCACUCGCCGCAGCUCGCCGUGCCGCACUGCGACUGCGCCUUCGACGCCUUCCUCCUGUUCGACCAAAUGCCCAACCCGUUCCCGGCGCCCGGGGCCGGGUUCCAGGGCAUGCACCGGAGCUUCGUCGGCCUCAAGAACCAUCUCGACCUUCGCCUCCUCAGUGUCCGGCGCAGGCGCCGCUGGCUCCGCUGCGCCAAGCGCGGGUCGGGCAUCUGCCUCAUUGCCUGCGCCACCGGCGCUGCCGUCGCGGGCCUCGUGCUUGCGACGCACGCCCUUACGGCGCUGCUGGCGGCGGCCCCUGCUUGUGCUGCAUCCAGCUCGUCCUGCUCUCCAUUGGCAGCUUCGAUGAAACGCCUGCAGAAGCACAUGGACCGGCUGGACGCCACGGCCAGGGGCACCUACGUCUUGAACAAUGACGUCGACACAAUCGAGCGGCUGGUGGGCAGGCUCCAUGCCACUGUGGAGAGCGACAAGAUGCUUGUCCGCCUUGGGCUGGACUGUGGGCGAGGGCAGCAUCACACCAUAGAAGAGGUGGUACGGCAACUCAGGAAGAAUCACCCCAGCCUGCUACGGCAGCUUGCUGACCUUGAGGAGCACAUCUGCCUCUACUUUGCAGCCGUCAACCGUGCCAGGUUACUCCUUGUGCACCACCUGAAUGCCCAGUCUGAUCCUGAGUCUCCAUUGUCAUGACUCUCGAGUUUAUGAGUCUAACACAAUACCUUCAAGAAUAACUCGAUGUCUCAAGACCUCAUCUAACUCCAAGUGAUCUACAAUGGUAUUGGUACCUGCCAUCAAGAAUUAGUUGAUGUCUCAGAGACCUCAUCUAUCGCACUAGGUGAUGGACAAAUUUCUUAUUUUAGAAAGGGAAAAUCAAAUUAUGAUUUGUCAUCUUCAGUGAUAGAUUUCCUUUUACAUUUUUAGUUUGUUUUAUUGUGUUUUUCUUUCUUUCUUUCUUUCUACCAGGCACUUGAUUCUGCUCUGCAACUUAAUAGAACUUGAUUCUGCUCUGCAAUCUCAUGUAUUUUAUUUUUACCUGUAAUGAAUGGUCCCGUAAAUACUACUAUACUGUCUGUAACUCUGUAUUUAAUAUGACCCUUGGUGGAAAUAUUUGGUUAAAUGCAGAUUUUUCUUA